UAGUCGCAAGUCGUUUGUCAAGACCAACGCCCUGUUUUUCUUGUAUAAAUACUGCACACAAAUCUCUCCACAAUCGAGUCAGUGUUCCAGCUCAAUCGCAACUAAGAAAACCAAAAUGCAUUUCUUUGCCGUCCUUCCUCUGUUUUUUGCUGCUGCCAUUGCCGCACCAGUUCCCGCUGUACCCUGCGCCCAUACUUAUGCUGCUACUCCUAUUGUCUUAGCCGCUCCUGCACCAGUAGCUGUUGCCGCUCCAGCACCCGUCUAUGUCGCACCUGCCCCAGUCCAUGUUGUCCCCCAGGCCUUCGAGACCAGGGUCCACUACGCCGAGACUCCCGUCGUCGUCGGACACACUUCAACCAUCAUGAAGCCCAACUUGGGCGCCGGUGCUCACGUCACCAACUUCGACUUCAUGGGAUUGGCCCAGACCAAAACCGUCGGACAGGAAUCCUUCGUCCAAAAGUCCAAAGUUUUGGCUCCCGCCCGCAGCGUCUCCGAAAUCACGCCCCAGGUGACCGUCCAACACCCGACCAAAGUCAACGUUGAAAAGUUCGCCGUUGAGGUGCCCGUCGCCGCUCCUUACGCCCAGCCCGUCCCAGUUCCAGUUGCUCCCCAAUACGAAAUCCACCAGUAUCACGCAGCAGCUGCCGUUCCAGCUGUCCAUUUCCACGAUGGCAUCCCAUGCAGCUCCAAGACCCACUAAAUGAAAUCGACUGAAUUUGUCUUUACUGAAACAUGAUAUCUACUCUUUCCUGACGUAAACGAACCUGUAACAGUUUUUUUUUACUAUUGCUGUACAAGUGACGAAAAUUACACAUUUUUACGAAUA